AGCAACGGGGAGAGCUCCUCGUCCCUGCCGCCAGAGGGCAACACUGGAUCUCGUUUGGGACGACCGUGUGUCACGUGACACCCUGCGGCGCGCUCGCUCCGCUGUGCACCUGCAGAGAGGCGAGGAGAAGGAGGAGUGGAGUUUGGAUGCUUCGGUCGAGCUGGGCUGCCGCUUUUUUUCUCUCUCGAACUCAGCACAAGUUCUCCGACCAAGUUUCACUGAAGAAGUCGAGUAAUGGCUGGAAGAGGAAUGGAGCUUUCGCUCGGCCGGUUCUGCUGUGUACUGUUGAGCCUCUUCGCAGGUUUGGCCUCGGGUCUAGAGAUCACAUCCUCAGUGCAGACAUCCAUAGAGAAGGCCAGCGGUCAGAGCGUGAAGCUGGACUGCCAGUUCAGCCUGGCCCCCCAAGAUUCUGGCCCGCUGGAUAUUGAAUGGAGCUUGCUGUCCUCCGACAACCAGAAGGAAGACAAAGUGGUGAUCCUGUACUCAGGCGACAGGUCCUACGAGGACUACUACGAACCGAUGAAGGGCCGAGUCCACUUCAACUCUGCAGACCCCAAGAACGGCGACGCCUCCAUCAACCUGACGGGGCUUAAGUCGACGGACUCGGGCACUUACCAGUGUAAAGUGAAGAAGGCUCCCGGUAUCCGCAGCAGGAAGAUGCUGCUGAUCGUCAUGGUGAAGCCAUCCAAGCCCAGGUGCUACGCCGAAGGCCCCAUGCAGGAAGGCAAAGACAUUGUGCUGAGGUGCAUAUCUCACGAGGGCACCAACCCCCUGCAAUACAGCUGGGAGAAGACCAGCGACGGCAUGGUGCUGCCCAGCUCUGCUGUGAUGGAUCCAGUGGGAGGCACCAUUAACGUGAGGAACGCAUCUGCCAGCGCAUCUGGCAACUACCGCUGCACUGCCAGGAACCGCGUCGGCGCUGAGGAAUGUGUACUGUAUCUCAACGUGACGCCUCCCCCCAACACUGCAGGCAUCAUCGCAGGAGCCAUAAUUGCUGUGCUCCUGAUCCUCCUCAUCAUUGCCUUCAUCCUCUUCUGCUGUUGCCGCGCCCGUCACAGGAAGAAGUACGAGAAGGAAAUCUGCAACGAGAUAAGAGAGGAUGUGCCUCCUCCGAAGAGUCGCGUCUCAACGGCACGCAGCUUCACCGUGGGCAGCCAGCGCUCCUCCCUGGGCUCCAUGUCGCCCUCCAACCUGCACGAAUACGCCCUGAAGCCCCAGUACGACAAGAUUCCCUCGUCAGAGGACUUUGAGAGGCCUCCGAGCCGCGUCCCUCUGCCUCCACCCAACGGUGCUGCCAGGAUGCCCGGCCCCAACCUCAGCCGCAUGGGGGCCAUCCCCGUCAUGAUCCCUGCCCAGAACAGGGAGGGCUCCAUCGUCUAGCCUGUCCUCUUCUCGAGGAGGGGAGGGAGUAGGACACAAGCCAAUGAAGACGGCGCUGGGUAGACUGACUCGCCUGACUUUUAGCUCCUCGUUAUUUACAAAUGGGAGUAUGCUCCUCUUAUAAAGGCUUGGUUCUGCUGCGGUACUGAGAAGAAUUGAGUUGUACUGGAAUCAUUUACAGAGCACAUUAACUUUUUAUCAAAUCUAUGAAUUUAACUUCCUGGACUUUCUCACUGAAACAUUAAUAGGUGUGGAUAUAAAGCAGAAUGGUCAAUAUACAAAUUGUAUUGUACAUAAGUGAAUGCAUGUUUUUAGUUUUUUUUUUUUAUAUAGUUGGCCCUUGCUGUAGAGACAUUGUAUGUUCAAAACAGACCCAGGCCCCUAAGUGGCCAGCUAUACAGCUGUAUGCAUGCAUGUCUGUAGAAACCUGCAGCUGAAUGUGUGUAUGUGAAUAUAAGUGUAUGUUUGUGAAUGGGAGUAUGGAAAAUGUAUAGUUCAUUUCUCAUCUUUUAAUGCCCACAUAUGAUCAUCUGUCAGGCAAUCCAGUCUCUGCUCAUUUCUGACAUUUUUUAAUUCCAUGAAUUUAUUUUUAAACUUUUAUCUUCUGGCUUUUUGGAAAACUUGUAAAACAGACUUAUUAGAAGGACAUUGGCAGAUUUCUUUUAAAAUAGUCCUUCGACUGAGUUGAAAAAUCAUCUAUUUAGGUCAGCAGGUUUUCUGUUGAACCGUUUGCUGUUUAAAUUGUCCAUUCUGGGUUUGUUGGGGGGGGGGGCUGAAAUGGACAGGAUUGGCUGGCGGGGAGGGGGAGGCUCAGGCCACCACAUGUUGUGAUUGGGUGGAUUAUUGCCUCUUGACAGAGUUUAAAAAGACUGUUAUUCCUCCUUUUUAGAGGAGGUAGCAUAUAGGGGGGGGGGGGGAGCAGCUGGGUUCACUGAGCAAUCUGCUUUGAUUGUUUGAUGAUCAACAGGCCCCUAACCCCUGUGGCCUCCCCAACACACACUAGCAGGACAAGAGCACAGGUCUUCAUUUCCCCCCCCCCCCCCCCCCCCCCCCCCCCCCACCCCCACAGAUGUCCGGCAUAUGUGAUCCUCCUCAUUUGCAGUCGCAUUACAAGGAGCCAAUAUCUUGAUUAACCUUCUCUCUUCUUCCCUUCAUGACUUCUGUGGCGUUAAUUGUACUUUUUAAAUGAAGGAUGUGAAGCUACCUACAUGAAGGCCACAAAGGGGAACACAUGAGUGGUGCCGCUGAUUCCACUUUCCAACCAUUCGGUUGGAGCUCAUUGUGCAGCCUCAGUGCUGGAUAACGUAAAUGUCCAGUCAGUCAGUGAGUUGCCACAGGUCAGUGCUUACAGUUUGUGGGUUAUUCUGCUCUUAAAACAAGCCCAAAUAAUAAUGUUUGGAAGCCCAACAUCUCAUCUUGUCUGUGAAAAACAACAACAACAAAACCCAGUAUGAACACUUGGAGUGGGCAAACGGUUUCUUUUUGCUCCGACGCCUUAUUCUACUCUCUACUGCAGCCUUACACACCUCCCCUCAGUUCACCUCUGCAAAGCCCUCACAGCUGGAUUCUAAUAACUUCUAUUGUGCCUUGUCGCCCCAGUUGAGUUGUGUCGUAGCACCUACACCAAUGUGCAUCAUCCCGGAUGGCCAUCGUCGCCCACAGCCACUCAACCAUAUAAUAAUUGGUACACGUGGGCCUGCUGAUGGCUUUCUGUUGCCUCGCUCACUUCCAAGUCCAGGACUUCCCGCACCGCAUACACAUUACCCCAUAGCUUAACGAACCCUCUAUCACUGUCUUAAAGCUUUUGAUUUUGUAUUCCAAAACAUGACGUCAUGGUUUUUAAAUUUUUUUUAUUCUAUUCAAGAUAAAGUAAAUGUAUGUGCUUUAAAGAAAAAAAUGAUACAAUUUCCGUUUCUGGCUGUGUGUCUAAAUAUCCUGUCGAAUAGCCCUAUGUAAUCACAACACAGUUGAAUGAUAUAAAGAAGAUGUUUGUAUGUAUAAGUGUGCCGUGCUGUGCUUGGCAAGUCUAUAUCUACAACAGAAGAGGGUCUCUAGGUAGUACAGUAUGAAGGCUUCCGUGUGUGAUUGCAAUCGCCUGGCUGUGUGUGUGCGUGUGCGUGCGUGCGUGUGCGCGUUGCAAGUCUUUUUUGUGUGGGUUCUGGGAUCUAAGGGGAGGUGACAGAUGUUGAACAUCUUGGGCUCUGUACUUCCUGGUAGAUUUGUUGUUGCACCUAUAUUCUAACACCAAGGAAAGUGAGACCUGCUGAGACAAAGAAAUGACAUCUGUCGGUUCCUCUUAAACACGUGUGUGUGUGUGUGUGUGUGUGUGUGUGUGUGUGUGUGUGUGUGUGUGUGUGUGUGUGUGUGUGUGUGUGUGUGUGUGUGUGUGUGUGUGUGUGUGUGUGUGUGUGUGUGUGUGUGUGUGUGUGUGUGUGUGUGUGUGUGUGUGUGUGUGUGUGUGUGUGUGUGUGUGUGUGUGUGUGUGUGUGUGUGUGUGUGUGUGUGUGUGUGUGUGUGUGUGUGUGUGUGUGUGUGUGUGUGUGUGUGUGUGUGUGUGUGUGUGUGUGUGUGUGUGUGUGUGUGUGUGUGUGUGUGUGUGUGUGUGUGUGUGUGUGUGUGUGUGUGUGUGUGUGUGUGUGUGUGUGUGUGUGUGUGUGUGUGUGUGUGUGUGUGUGUGUGUGUGUGUGUGUGUGUGUGUGUGUGUGUGUGUGUGUGUGUGUGUGUGUGUGUGUGUGUGUGUGUGUGUGUGUGUGUGUGUGUGUGUGUGUGUGUGUGAGAGAGAUAUAUAUAUAUGUACAUGAAGGACGUUUGCUGUCAGGAUGGGCCCCUGUAGAAUUCUAGUAGGACUUUCACCUGCUGACAAACUGUACAGAGCUCUCAGGGGGACGGGUCCCCGUCUGUCCCCCCAUGUGCUCAGAACAUGAACUACUAACAAAUAUUAACUGUAGCUUUGAAGUCAGCGUACUAAUAUUGUAUCAGGAUCUCCUUUUGAGGUUUGCACACUGUGUGAAAACCAUUUUUUUCUUUCUUUCCUUUUGUGUGUAUUUUUUUUUUGUGCUGUAUUUUUGAAUAAUAAAAGUCCAUGAAAUCCA